AUGAAGACAGCUCAAGUGUGGCGUAUAGGCAUGAAAGACAUGCAAAUCCUGCCUGCGCCUCGACAACGUGCUCAUUUAAAGAAGCCAACAUGGAUUAUUGUAUUGGUUUCAUUGGUUAGCAUGUUCUUAGUUUGUGCUUAUGUUUAUCCUCCUCAUAAUUCGGCUGCAUGUUACGUAUUCUCUUCUAAUGGCUGCAAUGCCUUUUCCAAUUGGCUUCCACCUGCUCCUGUAAGAGAAUUUACAGACGAAGAGAUUUCUUCUCGUGUUGUAAUUAGAGAGAUUUUGAAUACACCACCAGUUGUACCGAAGAACCCCAAAAUAGCUUUUAUGUUCUUGAGUCCAGGUUCAUUACCUUUUGAGAAGCUGUGGGACAAGUUUUUUCAGGGCAAUGAAGACAGAUUCUCUGUCUAUGUGCAUGCAUCUAAGGAAAAACCAGUACAUGUUAGCCGUUACUUUCUCAAUCGGGAGAUUCGCAGUGACAAGGUAGUUUGGGGAAAAAUUUCAAUGGUUGAUGCAGAGAGACGGCUUUUGACAAAUGCACUAAAGGACCCUGACAACCUGCAUUUUAUAUUACUCUCUGACAGCUGUAUACCAUUGCAUGAUUUUGAAUAUGUAUACAAUUAUCUGAUGGACACCAAUAUCAGCUUCAUAGACUGCUUUGAGGAUCCUGGUCCGCAUGGCAGUGGCAGGUAUUCAGAACAUAUGCUACCUGAAGUUGAGAAGAAAGAUUUUCGGAAGGGUGCACAGUGGUUCACAAUGAAGCGACAGCAUGCUAUCAUGGUUAUGGCUGACAAUCUCUAUUACUCAAAAUUCAGGGAUUAUUGCAAGGUGGCUCUCUUUUUAAAUGUGGUUUGCUUUAUGAUAUGUUCAUCUCAGUUGGCAAAAUUGGAAUACUGAUAUACUCAAUGACUUGUGCUUUAAAUUCCAGCAAGGACUUAUAUGUGCUUAUGCUUUGAGGAUGUUUUGGCGUCUAAGCAUGUUUCUUUGAUUGUCGACUUUGAAAGACUCUUCCGUUUACAUUUUUCCUGGAAUGUGCUUUUCUUUCCCAGUUUCUGACAUUUUUUCUCUUGCUAGUGAUCUGUUUUUCUGUCUGCCUGUCUGCCUACUAGAGUACUUAUAGUUGUAUGGGAACACAGAAUCUCUGGAUUUCAUUGUCUUUUAAGUUGUAAGUGUACUUGUAGUGUCCAUCAAGUGAGAUGCACUUGAAGUACCGAAGUGUUCAU